AUGAAAGAAACUAUCAUAAACCAGGAGAAGCUUGCCAAACUGCCAGCACAAGUGCGCAUUGGUGGGAAAGGAACAGCGUGCAGAAAGAAGAAGGCAGUUCAUAGAACGGCUACAGCAGAUGAUAAAAAACUUCAGUGCUCCUUUAAAAAGUUAGGGGUAAACAAUAUCUCUAGUAUUGAAGAAAUGAAUAUGUUCACAAACCAAGGAACAAUGAUUCACUUUAAAAACCCCAAAGUUCAGGCAUCACUGGCAGCCAACACGUUCACCAUUACAGGUCAUGCUGAGACAGAGCUGCUGACAGAAAGGCAGGGCAGGGUCUUAAACCAAGUUGGUGCAGACAGUCUGACUAGUUUGAGAAGACUGGCUGAAGCUCUGCCCACACAAACUGUGGAUGGAAAAGCCCCACUUGCUACCGGAGAGGAGGAGGAUGAUAAAGUUCCACAUCUUGUGGAGAUUUUUGAUGAAGCUUCCAAGAAUGAGGCAAGCUGA